GUUAUUUUCCUAAAAGGAGGAGAGCCACUUUCAUUCAAAAGGCUGUGGAAAUCCGGCUGGAAAUGAGUUUCUUUGCAGUUAAUCAUCUCUAAGUUUCUCUGGAUGCUUUAUUCCAGACGCCCCAGCCUCACACUUAGGAUCACAAAAUCCUGGACGUUUAUUUGCCGAGCCCCAUGGAUGUUAUCCCCGUUGGGCCCUCCCCGCCCUUCUCCUUCGGAACGGAACGAAACCCAUUCGGUGGCUUUUGCAGGAAGUCUUCAGGCCCCCGCGUCCGGCCCUCUCCGACAUCAAAGCCCCCUCGAGAGCAAAGGACUUUGAAAAGAUACGAAACGCUCGGGCUCCUUAUCGCGUCCCUGCUCCCUCCCGAGCAAGUCGUAAAUUCCGAGCCUCGGAGGCCUCUCCCCUCCGCUCUUCUUGCCCCAAGGUCUCAAAGGACAAGCCUGUCACUUCCCGCCCCGCCCCUGGGUCCGGGCCCAGGCCGAAGGAGCUGGCACCGAGGGGCGCAAGGCCAAGAGGGCAUCCUGCGCUGCCACCCGGACCUGGCGGGCCGCGAGCUGCAGCAGGGCACGCUCACUGCGGAGUCGCGGCGGGAGCAGAGGGGCGCGGGCCUGAUGAGCCUGGACGCGGCCGAGCGGCUCCGGCUGGCGGAGCUCAACGCUCAGUACCGCGCGCGCUUCGGCUUCCCCUUCGUGCUCGCCGCGCGUCUCAGCGACCGGGCGGCGGUGCCGGGGGAGCUGGCGCGCCGGCUGCAGCGCCCGCCCGCCGAGGAGCUGCGCACCGCCCUGGGCGAGGUGAAGAAGAUCGGCCGCCUGCGCCUCGCCGACCUCCUCGGCGCCGCCGGCCUCGCCGGACCGUAGCCCGGGACCCCGGGCGCACGUCGGGACCGGCCGCGGCGGGCGGCGGGCGCGGGCCGGGAGCGGCGUCCACACGCGCACGGAGGGAGGGGAGCGGCGGAGCCAUCGGGCGAGUAAUGAGCCCCUUUGUCCACCCACCCAGCCGCCCACCCGCGCACGCUUUGCCAAAAUAUCUGUAGGGGGUCGCGCUUCGCCCCGAUUUAGCCAGCUCACUGCUUCGAGUCUACACUCCCUUUGCAGCCCUUUUGACGCCACCGGCCUUCGUGGAUUCCAAAGCGAUGGUCCAGCUCUUGUUGGCUCCCCAUCCUCUCCUGCUAAGUCCGAGCCGCAAGGCAAAAACGGGCGGAAAAGGGAAUCUUUUAUUCCGCA